AUGCCGAAGCCGCGCCGCCAGCGCCGAGAGGCCGUCCUGCGCGGGGGCGCGCGCGGCGCAGGCGCACUUCCGCUCAGCCCGCGGUUCCCGGCCCGCGCCGGGGGCCUCGUGGCUGACGUGGUGUUUGUAAUUGAGGGCACGGCCAACUUGGGGCCCUACUUCGAAGGGCUCCGCAAGCACUACCUGCUCCCGGCCAUAGAGUAUUUUAAUGGCGGUCCUCCUGCCGAGACGGACUUCGGGGGAGACUAUGGGGGCACCCAGUACAGCCUCGUGGUGUUCAACACGGUGGACUGCGCUCCAGAGUCCUACGUACAAUGUCACGCUCCCACCAGCAGCGCCUAUGAGUUUGUCACCUGGCUCGAUGGCAUUAAGUUCAUGGGUGGGGGUGGCGAGAGCUGCAGCCUCAUCGCUGAAGGCCUCAGCACGGCCCUGCAGCUGUUCGAUGACUUCAAGAAGAUGCGGGAGCAGAUUGGCCAGACACACCGAGUCUGCCUCCUUAUCUGCAACUCGCCCCCGUACCUGCUGCCUGCUGUCGAGAGCACCACGUACUCGGGGUGCACGACGGAGACUCUGGUGCAGAAGAUUGGAGAGCGAGGAAUCUACUUCUCCAUCGUGUCCCCCCGGAAGCUGCCUGCCCUGAGGCUGCUGUUUGAGAAGGCAGCUCCUCCAGCCAUGCUGGAGCCCCUGCAACCGCCAGCAGACGUGAGCCAGGACCCACGGCACAUGGUGCUGGUGCGGGGGCUCGUGCUGCCGGUCGGGGGUGGCUCAGCCCCAGGCCCCCUCCAGCCCAAGCAGCCUGUGCCCCUCCCUCCAGCUGCACCCGCAGGCGCCACACUCUCAACAGCCCCCCAGCAGCCUCUGCCACCGGUCCCCCAGCAGUACCAGGUCCCCGGGAACCUGAGUGCAGCUCAGGUGGCUGCCCAGAACGCCGUGGAGGCGGCCAAGAACCAGAAGGCGGGGCUGGGCCCUCGCUUCUCGCCCAUCAACCCUCUUCAGCAAGCCACUCCAGGAGUGGGUCCCCCCUACAGCCAGACCCAGGCCACCCAGCUGCCCCCAGGGCCCCCUGGUGCCCCCAAGCCACCUCCCGCUUCCCAGCCCAGCCUGGUCUCCACCGUGGCCCCAGGCCCGGGCCUGGCCCCCCCUGCACAGCCCGGGGCACCAUCCAUGGCGGGCACUGUGGCCCCGGGCGGGGUGAGCGGCCCUUCCCCAGCCCAGCUCGGGGCCCCAGCCCUUGGCGGGCAGCAGUCAGUCUCCAACAAACACCUGGCCUGGAGCGGGGUCCUCGAGUGGCAGGAGAAGCCCAAGCCCGCCUCUGUGGACGCCAACACCAAGCUGACCCGGUCACUGCCUUGUCAGGUCUAUGUGAAUCACGGCGAGAACCUGAAAACGGAGCAGUGGCCCCAGAAGCUGAUCAUGCAGCUCAUCCCCCAGCAGCUGCUGACCACCCUGGGCCCUUUGUUCCGGAACUCGAGGAUGGUCCAGUUCCACUUCACCAACAAGGACCUGGACUCUCUCAAAGGCCUCUACCGCAUCAUGGGCAACGGCUUCGCGGGCUGCGUGCACUUCCCCCAUACGGCCCCGUGCGAGGUGCGCGUGCUCAUGCUCCUCUACUCGUCCAAGAAGAAGAUCUUCAUGGGCCUCAUCCCCUAUGACCAAAGCGGCUUCGUCAAUGGCAUCCGGCAGGUCAUCACCAACCACAAGCAGGUGCAGCAGCAGAAGCUGGAGCAGCAGCGUGGGAUGGGGGCCCAGCAGGCACCCCCUGGGCUCGGUCCCAUUCUGGAGGACCAGGCAAGACCCUCGCAGAACCUGCUCCAGCUCCGCCCGCCGCAGCCCCAGCCUCAGGGUACCGUGGGGACCUCUGCGGCCACUGGGCAGCCCCAGCCCCAGGGUGCUGCCCCGGCCCCUCCAGGUGCCCCACAAGGCCCUCCUGGAGCAGCCCCCGGCCCGCCCCCUCCCGGACCCCUCCUCCGGCCCCAGAACCCCGGGGCCAACCCCCAGCUGCGGAGCCUCCUCCUCAACCCGCCCCCGGUGAGAUUCAGGGAGGGGGUCAUAUGGGAGCUGGGGGUCCUGGGCUUGACAGUUGGAUUCCUUUCCUCAUGGAGGCGGGAGGUUGGUUUGAUGGGAGCGGGUGCCUGGAGGUCGGCCCAGCCCUGCCCCACCCGUCCUACGUGGGCUUCUGCUGAGAUUCCUCUGAAGGGAGACCAGAGGCCGCACCAGGGAGUGGGGCGGGUGGGCGCUCUCCGCCGGGGCCUCUUGAGCCACUUUCUUUGCUCCCCCCAGCCCCAGACUGGGGUGCCCCCCCCUCAGGCCUCCCUCCACCACCUCCAGCCGCCAGGGGCCCCUGCGCUGCUGCCCCCGCCGCACCAGGGCCUGGGGCAGCCCCAGCUGGGGCCCCCUCUGCUUCACCCGCCACCGGCCCAGUCCUGGCCUUCUCAGCUCCCCCCGCGGGCUCCGCUGCCAGGUCAGAUGCUGCUCAGCGGGGGGCCCCGGGGCCCGGUCCCCCAGCCGGGCCUGCAGCCCAGCGUCAUGGAGGACGACAUCCUCAUGGACCUCAUCUGAACCCCGACACCCAAUAAAGUUCCUUUUAACACA